CGGACGUCCUGAAACAAUUUUGUCGAAUAAUAUUAGAACAUUCCUAAUCGAGCAGCCGUUUCUUUCCCCCGCUGCCGGCACUGCGUUUCCAGGACCCGAUUUAGAUGCUCGGCGCAACUCUCCCCUGAAAGACAAAAAGAACGUCAUGAACCGCAUCAUUUGACAGGCUCAUUUUGGAUAAUCGCAAAAGAAGGCAGUGUAGUAGUUUGUACCCUCUCCUGUCGCUGAGCCACUUCCUGAAGCAACGCGACAUAGGCGACAAAUAUGCUUGCGACUGGUAAGAAUGUACCAUGUCUCUACGGCAGGAUUCAAUGGCAACAGCUACUGGUUGAUGCCGUCUGCGGGCCGCGCCGCGAGUUCGACGCAGAACAGCACCGGCGGUAUCUGGAAGCCGUGCAGGCGCAGGACGCGCACAGGUCGGUGGGCGAAACAGGCUCCCCCGCCAAGCCGAUGAUCGAUUCGGCGCAGGUCGUCGAGGCGGGUGGGAGCGAGCCGCAGCGGCACAAGACGCACGAGUUGCCGCACGAGGAGCCGCACGAGGAGAGGCCGCAUGAGAUGCGCGGCGUUGAAGUGCCGGUCGAGAUGCCUGCGGAUGAUGUGCAGCGCCAGCCGCCGGAGGAGCUGUCUGUUAGCCCGUUCGGAAGCAGUAGUGCACUUUUGGUACAUGGGUACGCAUGCAUGGCGGUAGGCUGGGAGAGGCUCUGA